CCGGAAACCGUAGCAAAACGUUGCGCACCGGUUGCUUGAACAUGCCCCAUCUUCUCAAAGUCGAUUGUAAAGAACAAAAACGAAAGUGAAAUGCAGCAAUUAAUUUAACAAAGUGCAGCGAUGAGAUAUCGGUGCGCACGAUCUGCCUGAAGCCAUCAAUAAACACACAAGCUAGAGCUUUACCCUGUGACAGUCUUUAAUGUGAAAACAACACAACUCUGAGUAUAUAAAGGCCUGAGAUAAGUUUCUCAUUAUGGAGAACAAAGAGAGCGAAUGUCAGAAAAUGUCCUCUUCAUCUCCAGAACCCAGUGUUGUUUCUCUGAAGAGUAAUAAUUCGGCGUAUUUUCUCCCACCUGAUCUCAGUGAUGAAGCAGUAACUUCUGACUUUCUCCGUGGUUCAAACAUUAGAUGUAAACAUGAUGAGACUGAUGACCUUCAUCAGGAUUUACAUCAACCAGUAGAUGAUGUUCUGCAGAGAGUCAAAGACCAACACAAAACCAUCAUGAAGAACAAGUAUGAGAGUUUAUUUGAGGGAAUCAAACUCCAAGAGAAUCAAACCCUCCUGAAGAGGAUUUACACACAACUGUACCUCAUAGAGGGAGAGAGUGAAGGAGUGAAUGAAGAACAUGAGGUUUUACACAUGGAGAAAAACACCAGAACACAACACUUACAAGACACAACAAUCUACUGUAUUGACAUCUUUAAACCCUUACCUGAACCAGAAUAUAAAACAGAGAAAAGAAGAGAGAGGAAAGACAAAAUCAAGAGCGUUAUUACUAAAGGCAUCGCUGGAAUUGGAAAAACUGUCUCCGUACAGAAGUUCAUUCUGGAUUGGGCCGAGGGAACAGCCAAUCAGGAUGUAGAUUUCAUGUUUGUGUUUCCGUUUCGAGAGCUGAACUUGAUUCAAGAUGAUCAGUACAGUCUUCACAAACUUCUGCUUGACUUUCAUCCUGAACUUCAAGAUCUGGACUCAAAGAUUUAUGAUGAAUGUAAAGUUGUUUUCAUCUUUGAUGGUCUGGAUGAAAACAGAAUGACACUGAUGUUUUCAGAUGCUGAGAAAGUUUCUGAUGUGACUGAGACUUCAUCAGUGCCUGUGUUGAUAUCAAACCUCAUAAAAGGAGAUCUGCUUCCUUCUGCUUUCAUCUGGAUCACCUCCAGACCAGCAGCAGCCAAUCAGAUCCCAUCUAAAUACAUCAACCGUCUGACAGAAAUCCAGGGAUUCAAUGACGCUCAGAAGGAGGAAUAUUUCAGAAAGAGAAUCAGUGAUGAACAUCAAGCCAGCAGAAUCAUCUCACACGUCAGAAGAUCAAGAAGUCUCCACAUCAUGUGUCACAUACCAGUCUUCUGUUGGAUCUCAUCCACUGUGCUUCAAAACAUCCUGAAACAAGACAAUGAGAGAACAGAAAUCCCUAAAACUCUGACUGAAAUGUACAUCCACUUCCUGCUGAUUCAGAUGAAUAUGAAGAAUGAGAAGUAUGAUGAGAGAGAUCCAGAGAAACUCCUGCAGUCCAACAGAGAAGUGAUUGUCAAACUGUUUGAACUGGCUUUCAAACAGCUGAUGAAGGGUAAUGUGAUGUUUUAUGAGGAGGAGCUGAGAGAGUCUGGCAUAGACAUCACUGAUGCCUCAGUGUAUUCUGGGAUUUGUACAGAGAUCUUUAAGGAGGAAUCUGUGAUGCAUCAGAAGAAAAUCUAUUGCUUCAUACAUCUCAGCUGUCAGGAGUUUCUGGCUGCAUUGUAUGUAUUUUACUACCAUGUAAGUACAACCAUGGAAACCUUGAAGUAUUUUGCUUCAGUCCAGAAAUUGCUUAAAGGUGCAGUAGACGAUGCUCUUGAAAGUGAAACUGGACAUCUGGAUCUUUUCCUGCGAUUCCUGCUGGGCAUCUCACUGGAGUCCAAUCAGAGACUCUUAAAGGAUCUACUGACACACACGGUGGACACCUCAGAAACUAUCAAGAAGAUCAAAACAUACAUUAAAGAUAAAGUCAAGCAUAAUGAAGAUCUCUCUGCAGAAAGAGCUAUCAAUCUGUUUCUGUGUCUUUUUGAAGUGAAUGAUCAGACUCUGUACAGAGAGAUUGAGGAGUUUGUGAGAUCAGACAAACACUCAGAGAAGAAACUCUCUGCUGCUCACUGUUCAGCAAUAGCCUACAUGCUUCAGAUGUCAGAGGAGGUGCUGGAGGAGCUGAAUCUGAAGAAAUACAACACAACACAAGAGGGGAGAAGAAGACUUUUACCAGCUGUCAGCAACUGCACAAGAGCUAUACUUGCUGACUGUAAUCUCACAGUUGAGUCCUGUAAAAUGUUGUCGUCAUGUUUCCAAUCCUCAAACUCCUCUGUGAGAGAUCUGGAUGUGAGUAACAAUGACCUGCAGGAUUCAGGAGUGAAGCUCAUCUCUGAUGCUCUCAAGAGUCCAGACUGUAAACUACACACACUGAGAUUAUCAGGUUGUAUGGUGACAGAUGAAGGUUGUUGUUAUUUGGCUUCAGCUCUGAGUUCAAACCCAUCAUCACACCUGAGAGAGUUGGAUCUGAGCUACAAUCACCCACAACACUCAGGACGCCAGAUGCUCUCUCAGAUACUCAAUGAUCCCAAGUUUACACUGGAGAUACUCAAUGUUGAUCAUGGAGAUCUUAGGAGGAUGCAACCAGGACUCCGAAAAUAUGCCUGUUAUCUCACCCUGGAUCCAAACACAGCAAGCACUCAUCACAUGCUGUCUGAGGACCACAGAAAGGUGACAUAUGUGAAAGAUCCUCAGUCGUAUCCUGAUCAUCCAGAAAGAUUUGAAGGUGUUCCUCAGCUUCUGUGUAAAGAGAGUCUGACUGGACGCUGUUACUGGGAGGCUGAAUGGGAAGUGUGGACUCGUAUAGCCGUGACAUAUAAAGGAAUCAGCAGGAAAGCAGGGAAUAACAGUAGGUUUGGGCUUGAUGAAAAUUCCUGGAGUCUCUUCUGCACUGAUAACGGAUUCAACAUUUGGCACGAUAAUAAAAGCUUGAGCAUACCCGCCCUUUCAUCCUUCUCUAAGAGAGUAGGAGUUUAUCUGGACUGGUCAGCAGGCACUCUGUCGUUCUACAGCGUCUCUGAUACACAAACACUCACACACUUGCACACAGUCAACACAACAUUCACUGAACCUCUGUAUGCUGGAUUUGGGGUUCAUCAUGGAUACGUCAGAUUAAUCAACAUCCUCUGAGCAAUUAUUCAGAGUAGCCGGCUUAGUAUCAGUAACAAGUUUACAUGUAAGUUUUGUGAAUGCUACAGUCUGUUAACUGUGAAGUAAAGCAUGGCAGGAGAAAAGAGACAGCCACCAGGAAACAAGCUUUAUUUUUUUUCUCCUGUUUUUCUUCUUUAGUUCGGUCAUUUCAGUUCCUUGUUGGGGUUUCAAGUAUUGUUUUUGUUGCUUGUUUUGUAAUUAUUCAAAGAUUGUUUAAUUUUAGUUUUUGGACAUGUAAACAUUUAAUUUUUUAUUAGCUAUAUAUUACAGUAAAUGAUAAAUGGGUUUCCUGUUUGUUAAAGCGCCACUGUAAUUAUUACGGUCCUCUGAUCACACGCAAACCGAUAAUGUCAAAAUGAUAGUUUAUGCUUCAGCGUUGAAAGAAUUUAAGCAUGUAUUGUUACUGUUAUGCUAUUUAUGCACAAUAUUAUUUCAUGGAUUGUAUCGUGUCUAUUUCAAUAAAUACAGCAAUUGAUAUAUUUCAUGAACUCAAGUAUAAACAUUCUUAAUUGCCCCCCCCCCCAAAAAAAACCAGUGUGCUCUGAAUGUUUAGAAACAUGGCAUGGUGACCACAAACUUUCAAAUUUUUAGUCAUAUUCUACAAGCUUUCCAUGAGAAUGUUAAAAUUUGAAUAAAAUAAUAAUAAACCACAUUGGGAUUUGCACAUUUACUGUAAAUGUAAAAAAGAUAACAGGCCUACAUUUAAGAUGAGGUAAUGCGAGGACACUUUUUGAUAAUUUUUUUGUAGACCUGCAUGUUGAAAACCUGUUUCACAUUACAACUUGCAGUGAAGACUGUAGAAGAGGGUUGCAUUUAUGAUUGACACAAAAUAAUAACAAUAUUUAGACUUCCUUAAUAUUUACAUUGGACAAACAGAUUUAAAGAUGAUGAAACUCAAAACAUUACUCCAAUAGUUAUGUUACUAAACUUACUUUCACUUUCACUUUACUGUGAUUUCAUUGUUUCGUGCCAACAUCUCCCUCCAGUGGUUGACAGAUAACAUUUUCAUGUGCAAUUUAAUGUGAAGAAGACGACAAAUAUAGAGCACUCCUUUGCUAAUGCCUAAAAUGUUUUUAUGCUGUGAAUGCAAUUUCUAUUGUGUUGUUAUCUCUUGUUUAGCAGCAUU